GCUAGUUUUGAGAGUUGAAGUGUUUCAUCUUGCGCAAUAAGAAUAAAUCCAAGCGGGGUCGAGGACAAGUGUUGAAUGAAAAUCAGAUUCCUUUCUUGGUCCACUCCAAUCCCAGUUCUACCUUCGUCAUCGGCGGAUCUCACCUUUUUCCUCGGCCAAGCGACUAACUCAGCGGUUGCAUCGUCAGGAUGCAGUAUCACCCCAGCAUACGGUAUGACCUCGAGAAGAUGCAGUAUCAUCCCAGGUAUGACGAACUCGAUCUCCUCCGAGCGGAGUUAGAUCAAGAGGACCGAAUCAGAGAGUCCUUGGAAUGGUCGAACGGCGAGAUGGAGCGGUCAGUGGCGGAGUUGGAGCAGUACGUUCGGGAAUUGGAUGAAGGCCAGAAAGGAAUCGACGACAACGAGUGGAAGGUGAGAUUCGAGUCACAAACUGCUCUUAACAAGCAGCUCAGCGAGCAAAAGGAUUGGCUCGAGACGGAAUUGGCUGAAGCUAGGCGGAAAUUGACGACAGGCUCGUAUCCAGAAGCCAUGAACUUUAAUUUGGACGCUCUCACGGAGGCCGAGUUACUCCGCCUCGUGAAGCACUUGGAGCGGAUGAGGAACGAUUUUUACAGCACUUUGAGAGACACGGAAUGGAAGUUGGACAAGGAGUCAAAGGAGUUUCACCAUUUUGACGAAAUGCGUCGAGUCUACAAAGCCGAUCUCAAACAUGCAAACGCUUCCAUCGAGCGCUUAAAGCUUGGCGGAGUGUUGGACUCGUCGGGGAUGGUGAGCCCCCUCUACCCACCCGGAUACUUCAGAUGGCUUGAGACGCAUACUCCAGCCCCGCCGGGUGGAAGCAAGUCCAAGUCACCCUCCCGAAAAGGAGGUCAUCACUCCAAGGACCGACGUGGCGGGGGAGGAGAACGGAGCCCCAGCCGGAGCCCAACUCGGAGCAAGAGUCGCGGUGAGAAGAAGGGCGAAGGUGGUGGCGGAAGGAAGGCAGUGGCACAGCCAGCAGCCCCCGCGUCGGACGAGGAGCCCGUGACCACGCCCACGAAGAGUGAGGUGGAGGGUGACGAGGGGGUGUCGGAGGAGGAACUGGAGCCACCCAGGAGACCCGACCCAUCGCCGAGUCGGAAGGGGAAGGGCGGUGAGGGGCGUGGUGGGGGGGAAGAGAGCUCAUCGAAAGAAGGGGGACCGUCCCCCUCGAAGGGGAAACGGGACGGGAGCAGGGAACGGGCUGAACGGGCAUCAAACGAAUAAUAUUUCUCUCGAUAAUAAACACCACCAAACCAUUUCUAGUCCAACUACCAAUAUUUUUGUAACAUAGUCAAUAGUAUAUGCAACGCAGUGACUAACCAUUCGAACUAAUGAAGCCUUUACUCUUACCAUAAUGUUGUACACCAAGAAUUGCAUAAUUCCAGCUAUAAUUAUAAAAAUCAUUGAUUCAAACCGA